AUCACCGCCUUCUGCAAACCCUACUCCCUCUCUGGCUCUCUCGCGGCUCGCCCUCGCCUCUCGCUCGCUGCCUCGCCCUCGCUCUCUCGCUCGCAGCUUGCCCUCGCCUCUCAGUCGGUAGCUGGGGAGGUCGCAUCUAUGGCUACUGGCUCUGGCUCUCUAACUCUUGCUCUCGCUGGGUGACUGGGUCGUUCGCCUCUCUGCAUUGCCAUUGGGACACUUUGGUUCAAUCUUUUGAGGUAGGCAGUGGCCACUGGCCAGUGGGCAUCCCUUCAUACUCUGGAGACUAAGAGACUAGAGUUUUCUUGCAGUUUUAAUUUGAAAUGGGUUGGAAAGCAGCUCAGAAACUCAUACACCACUGGAAGGUUCUCAGAGGAGAUAAUGUGAUGAUAACAAGGGGCAAAGAUAAAGGUGAGACUGGAGUUAUUAAGCGGGUCAUUCGCUCGCAAAACCGUGUGAUUGUUGAGGGAAAAAAUCUGGUAAAGAAACAUAUCAAGCAAGGGCAGGGGCACGAGGGUGGUAUUUUUACAGUUGAAGCCCCCCUCCAUGUGUCGAAUGUUCAAGUUCUUGAUCCGGUUACAGGGACACCUUGUAAGGUAGGAAUUAGGUAUCUAGAAGAUGGCAGCAAAGUAAGAAUUUCUCGAGGGAUAGGAGCAUCAGGGUCUAUAAUUCCUCGUCCUGAGAUCCUAAAGAUAAGGACUACACCUAGACCUACAAUUGCUGGCCCCAAGGAUACUCCCAUGGAUUUGGUGCUAGAAAAGACGUAUGAUCCUCAAACUGGCAAGGGCUUGCCUGAUCUGUAAAUCCAGUCCUAAUCAGCGCGGUGAAAAGGUUGAAGAUGAGUGAGUUCCGUUGCUUGCCGGCUGUUGUUUAUUUCUUCUCUUGACUCUGGACUGUAAUGAGAAUUUUUCUUCGACUUGGUUCCUACAAAUAAUGGAUUUUUUGACUUUUA